CGAGAGCGAGAUUGUACCCCUGUACAAAAAGAGAGAAAACCAGAUGUGUUCGAGGAUAUGCAUCAACGUCGGGCUCGUAUGUUGGCCGUGUGUGAAGCGAACCCAGAGCUCAAGAACAACUACGCAAACAACACCAUGGUCUCCCAUCAACACGGCCUGCUGUACUGCCCUGUUCCUAAAGUUGCCUCCACUUUUUGGAGCAGAUUUUUCUACCAGCUGAUGCACACCAACCCCAUGAAAUCCCCAUUCGACGUCCCUGUGGUAAAAGUUGAACCUACCUACUUCAGGAAGUUUUUCCUCAAGGAUCGACCCCAUACCCCGGAACUGACGGCUUCUAUCCAUAGUCUGAAGACGAGACUCAUCUUCAUCAGAGACCCCUACGCCAGAAUCUACUCUUCUUACGUUGACAAACUUAUCGCACCGAACCCUAUCCACUGGAAACGGUGGGGGACUCCUAUAGCGCAGAUGUACAGAGAAGGCAACGACAAAAUUACCUCAGAGCAAGAUCCCAGGCUGUGUGGGCACGAUGCUACCUUCUCGGAAUGGAUUAGGUACACGCUGGACGUUGCCUGGAAAAGUGACGUACAUGUAAUGCUUGCCAGCAGCAUGUGUCCAGCCUGCUUGUACAAUUUUACCGUUAUUGGUAAAAUGGAGACAUUUAUCAGAGAUUCUCUUCACGUAGCAGCCCAGCUGAACAUCUCCGAGUCUCAGAUCGGUUUUGACCGAAUGGAAGCCGACGCGGCCGCCGAUGCAAUAGAAGACUCCUCAAAAGACUCGUUGUCUAAUUAUUGGCUCAAGCUAUCAACAAGAUGUGUGACGAAAAAGGACGUUCUCCAGCGAAUUCUGCGUAAAGUCCAACUACGAGGUUUCGUCAGCUGGCGGUAUCAGUUCAACCUGACCGACGAGGAGGUGAAAAAUAUGAAUUUAAAAACUUACGUGGAAAUUCUUACUCAAGCACGGAACAAAUUUUACAAUGCUGCAGAGCUGAAAUUACAAAAGAAGCAUGCGUUUAAGGAAGCCUACGCCGCUGUGUCGGCGGUUCUAAUUCGCCGGAUUGCGGACACGUACAAGAUUGACGCUGAUAUGUUUGGUUACGAGACGCUACCCAUGGAGUUAAUGCAGCUGGAGCAUGUGGCCAACACGCAUGCGUUCGACCACACGAAACCUUGGGAUCUUUCCGGUCUUAUUGGUGGAUAGAGCUGUAAUGCUGGAACUCUGACUAGAAAAAUGUUCUAGAUGAUUGUGUAAUGAGUUGUGUGUGUGUGUGUGUUUGUGUGUCUGUGUCUGUGGGUGUGUGUGUGUUU